AACGGCGGCGCUUCAAUGCAAAGUCGACGUCGUCUUAGGGACGUGAGAGAUCAGCAUUUCAGAGCCGCGUUGACCGGCCUUCCUGUACCGUCUCGGGAGAUACACUGAUAUUGUAACUCAAGUUUCAAUGUCCCUGAAAUUAUGUUGGUGUUGGUGCUCUUCACGCUCGUUAUCUACCUCACACAGCAGGGACACGGACGAAAUAUACGCCCGCCGGGUAUCGCCGUGCCUCCAGUUAAACCUAGAGACUCCUUGGAGGGAUUUGUCGAAUGGGACAAGUACUCAAUGAUCAUUCGAGGGGAGCGUGUGUUCAUAUUUUCUGGGGAAUUCCAUCCCUGGCGUCUUCCGAGUCCGGGACUAUGGCUUGACAUUUUCCAGAAAAUCAAAGCUUUGGGCUUCAAUGCCGUGUCAUUCUACACCUAUUGGGGCCUCGUGGAAGGUACGCCAGGCCAAGUACGCUUCGAGGGUGUCUUCGCUCUAGGGGAAUUCUUUAAGGCUGCUGCCGAAGCGGGUAUAUAUAUCAUUGCCAGGCCCGGCCCCUAUAUCAACGCGGAAACCGCCCUAGGUGGCUUUCCGGGCUGGACUGCGAGGAUCAAAGCGCCUCUUCGUGGGGACGACCCUGAAUUCGUGAACGCCACGGAGCUGUACGCUGCCACCGUCGGCAAGCUGAUUGCCGAUGCUCAGAUCACAGUGGGCGGUCCAGUAAUUAUGGUGCAGCCCGAGAAUGAGUAUGACACAUGGCCUGGCGUCAAUGACACGGACUUUCCGGCCCAAUUCAAUAAGAAUUACAUGGAGCAUGUCAAGCAGCAGCUCAAGAAAGCCGGGAACGUGGUGCCCCAGAUGGUUAACGAUCACCUCUAUCAGGGGAACUGGGCUCCCGGGAGUGGGCUCGGCGAGACAGAAUUGUACGCAAUCGACGCUUACCCGAUGCGAUAUGACUGUGCCCACCCUGAUAUCUGGCCCACGAUAAGGUGGCCGGAGAAUUGGCACAUCAAACACGAACAAUACAGUCCAAAUACCCCAUUCUUCGUUGCUGAGUUUCAAGGAGGAGCCGGUACGGGAUUUGGGGGCGUAAAUCAGGACAGCUGCAACGAGCUUGUGAACCAGGAGUCCGUCCGUGUCUUGUGGAAAAACAAUUAUGGAUUUGCUAUCAAGAUCUUCAACGUCUACAUGACAUACGGCGGAACCAAUUGGGGUAACCUCGGGUAUAGGGGCGGCGACAGUUCAUAUGAUUACGGGGCAGCAAUCAAAGAAAACCGACAUGUCUGGCGGGAGAAGUACUCGGAGGAGAAGCUCGAGGCCAACUUCUUCAAGGUGUCGCCAGCGUACCUAACCGCAACUGCGGGAAACGGGACCAAAGGCGCAUAUACCUCGACCGAUCUUCUCGUCACCACGCCGGUCAGGGGGACUGACCACCCCACCAAAUUUUAUAUCAUGCGCCAGGACGACUGGACGUCGACAGACACAGUAACUUACGCGUUCACCGCGCCUACGAGUGCGGGGAAUAUAUCGAUCCCUCAGCUGGGGGGUGAGCUUGUGCUCACUCGCAGAGACUCCAAGAUCCACGUAACGGACUACGACGUGGGCGGGAUUAACUUACUCUAUUGUACAGCCGAGAUAUUCACUUGGGCACGGGAUGCUUCGGGAAAGAGAACGCUGGUUCUUUACGGCGGGGCAGGGGAGGUUCACGAAUUUGCUAUUGACCUCACGAAUGCAUCGACAACAGCUGCAUACGCAAGCCUCCAUUACGGGGGUGCGAAAGUCAAGAUGGUGAAAUCGAACCAGCUGGUGGUUCAGUGGACAGUCUCCCCGGAGAGAAGAAUAUUCAGGCUCGGCGACAAACUCGAGGUCCUCUUGCUGUGGCGUAAUGAUGCGUACAACUAUUGGGUAACAGAACUCCCUGCUAAGGCGCCCAUCUCCAACUACUCCUCCCCGUCAAAAUCUGUUGUUGUCGUGAAGGGACCGUAUCUGGUCCGCACAGCAGACCUGGACGGCGAGACGCUCCGGCUCACCGGCGAUAUCAACCGAACGACCGACAUCGAGCUCGUCUACGAACCUACCGGGAAAGUUAAUGCCGUAUCGUUCAACGGCGAGCCCUUGGACGCAAAGCGCAACAAGGACGGGAAGCUUGGCGCGCUGUUGACCUUUAGUCCCCCCGACUUCGCGCUCCCCGACUUCUCUGCCCUGGAAUGGAAAUACAUCGACUCUCUCCCGGAAAUCCAGGCUUCUUACGACGACUCGGCGUGGGUUUCGUGCGAAAACCCGACCACCAACAAUCCUCAGGCACUCCUGACCCCCACAUCUCUUUACGCGAGCGAUUAUGGUUUUCACAGCGGGUCGCUCAUCUAUCGAGGCCACUUUACGGCGAGCGGCGAGGAGUCGGAUCUGUUCCUCAACGUCACCGGCGGGAACGGUUUCGGGUACUCGGCAUGGCUGGACGACGAGUGGCUCGGCUCGUGGGACGGGGCGGGGACGGGCGGCGGCUCGCACACGCACUCGCGCACCUUCUCGCUCGCCGGGCGCGCGCUCGGGGCGGGGUCUCGGCGCGUCCUGACGGUGCUGAUCGACCACAUGGGGCAGGAUGAGGAGGCGCCGGGGACGGACGCGAUCAAGGCGCCGCUGGGCGUCGUCAACUACGGCCUCGCCGGCCGCGCGCAGGCCGACGUGGCCUGGAAGCUGACGGGCAACCUCGGCGGCGAGGCGUACCGCGACCUGGCGCGCGGCCCCCGCAAUGAGGGCGCCUUGUUCGCCGAGCGCCAAGGCUACCACCAGCCGGCGCCGCCCAGCCAGGCCUGGCUGCCCGCGAGCCCGAUCCGCGACGGCAUCGCCGCGGCCGGCGUCGCGUUCUACACCACCACCUUCGAGCUCGACGUCCCCGCCGGGUACGACGUGCCGCUGAGCUUCGUGUUCGCAAACUCCACAGCAGGGGCCAAUUAUCGCUGCCAGCUUUUCGUCAACGGGUGGCAGUUUGGGAAAUUCGUCGCGAAUCUGGGGCCUCAGACCAACUUCCCCGUGCCGGAAGGCAUCCUCAACCACAACGGGGUCAACACGGUCGCGGUCACGCUGUGGUCGCUCGACGAAGGCGGCGCGAGGCUCGACGGCCUGUCCCUCGAACCAGAGAUGCCUCUCUGGUCUGGCUACAGGAAGCCGUGGCUGUCGCCUCAGCCUACCUGGCAGGAAAGGUACGGGACGUACUAGAUCGGUCGGUCGUCGGGAAAAAAGGACAUGGUUAUCCUUGCCAAGGCAUAAUAUAUAUAUAUAUCGGUCGGCCCGUUCGGUCGUGUCGUUGAGCGUUGGGCCAUACAUAGAUCGACAUCCGCCUCGUCAGUUCGGCAUUGGGUAGAAAUGGGAAAUAAGGCUCGACAUUGACCUAAGACAGGUUAAGGCUUUCUUUUGCGACGCACGUCGCCCGAUGCCCGAAAGCCACCUUCCCCCCUGAAUAAUUAUAUAGGUUACUCACUCGAUUCUCGCCUCCCGGUGAGAAGUGAUACAUCGCGUACAGACUCAGAUUG